CGCGCGCAAGACUUCUAGGUUCAGUAGCGGGAAACGUAGUACUGUACCCAAAUCCCGAGCUGCAUCAUGAGUUUGUGGGUUGAUAAGUAUCGACCAAGUUCCCUCUCCAAACUCGAUUACCACAAAGAUCAAGCGUCGCAGCUCCGUAAUCUGGUACAAUGUGGAGAUUUUCCUCAUCUGCUUGUGUUCGGGCCGUCCGGAGCUGGAAAAAAGACCAGAAUCAUGUGCUUGUUGCGAGAAUUGUACGGCGCAGGAGUAGAGAAGCUUCGAAUUGAACAUCAGACCAUCACAACCCCAUCCAAAAAGAAAAUAGAAAUUAGCACUAUAGCAAGCAAUUAUCACCUGGAAGUCAACCCAAGUGAUGCUGGCAACAGUGAUCGAGUUGUAAUUCAAGAACUGUUAAAGACAGUGGCGCAGUCUCAGCAGCUUGAAACAAGCACUCAAAGAGAUUUUAAAGUUGUCUUGCUUACUGAAGUCGAUAAACUCACCAAAGAUGCGCAACACGCUUUGCGAAGAACAAUGGAGAAGUAUAUGUCUACCUGCAGGCUCAUUUUGUGUUGUAAUUCUACAUCCAAAGUAAUUGCUCCUAUUCGAAGCAGAUGUUUGGCAGUUCGUGUUCCUGCUCCCAGUACUGAUGAGAUUUGCACAGUUUUGUUCAGUGUCUGUAAGAAAGAAGGGCUGGUUCUACCUCAAGAUCUCGCUCGCAGAAUUGCUGAAAAAUCUGGUAGAAAUCUCCGAAAAGCACUUCUUAUAUGUGAGGCUUCUCGAGUACAACAGUACCCCUUUUCUGCAGACCAAGAUUUGCCUGAAACAGAUUGGGAGGUGUAUGUUAAAGAGACUGCCAAUGCCAUCGUAAGCCAACAGACACCACAAAGGUUGCUCGAGGUUCGUGGGCGGCUUUAUGAACUUUUGACUCAUUGUAUCCCACCAGAGAUCAUUAUAAAGUGCUUGUUAUCAGAGUUGCUAAAUAACUGCGAUGGGCAGCUGAAAGCUGAUGUUGCACAGAUGGCUGCCUACUAUGAACAUCGAUUGCAACUCGGCAGCAAAGCUAUUUAUCACCUGGAAGCUUUUGUAGCAAAGUUUAUGGCCUUGUACAAGAAGUUCAUGGAGGAUGGGCUAGAAGCGAUGAUGUUUUGAUGAGCCGUAUACAAGUUAGGCUCCAAGUGCUCUGUACACCUAUAAAAUGAUAAAAACGGAUUCUGCACAUUACACCCGUGCAGUCUCAUUUCUGCUUGAUAUUUUUAGUUUUAGAUUAAGCAGAAUUGUAAUUUGUAUAUAAUUAUCGAAAUGUGUUGUUUCUAUUCUCUAGUAAGAACAUCAAGUACAGCGAUAGAGCCCUCCUUUGUUCUAAACGCAGUUUACUUAAUCAAGUGAUUAUUCUGGUGAUCACAUUAUGGAAACAUACAGCUCGUCGUUAACAGGUAUGUCCUGAGGUCAGAGGCAGUUUGUUCCUUUGUUUUGUAGCCUACUGCAGUAAUGAAUAGGCCGCUAGUGAUGUGCGGGCCAACCCGAAAACCGCGGGUUCAGGCCGACUCCUGCACAAGAUCUUCGAGCUCUUCUGCUCUCCCCGCCCGCGACCUAGUACUGCCAGCUUCUGGCCCCGGAAUUUAUAGACUUCCGCCUGCCUUUGCCUGUCCCUUUUAUGAUGUCACUAAGGGCCGGGUCUAUAAAAAGAGGGCAGGAACGGGCCCAGGCCGGGUGUGCGGGUCGAGACACUCUCGACCCGCACAUCACUAUAGGCCACAUCACCAUAGCAAUGUCCUCUGUUGAUGGCAAUAUAAUGAGUGGCACCUGUUCUAUUCAGAUGCUGCCUAUAACUGGCCAGUAUUGAGCACUGAGAUUUGUUUUCUAGGCACAAACUGUUGUUGUUAAAAAAAAAAAAAAA